GGAGUGUAUGUAUUGAGUUUUCCCUCCAAUCCAUCUAUGUCAUAUCAUACUUACUUGUUUUGGAUGAUGUCUUAGGAGUGGUCUUUGUUCAGUGUUAGUAGUAGUAAGUUUUUGGUUCUUUCUUGUUUUUUCUAUUUUCUAACCAAAAUAAAAAAGCCAAAUCAUCAUACAGUCUAUCUCCCACACAAACACAUUCAAUUAAAAGAUUUGACUUGUACUUGGAGCCAGCCAGUCCUCAAGAGAAAAAGAAAACCCUAACCAAACCAAUUAGUACUAUUAAUUAAAUUUAAUGAGAGAGUGAGAGAGGGGUCAACUAAAAACAGAAGCAGAAAUCAAACAUUUGUUUUGUCUCAGAUCCAUGAAUGAGUGAAUGUAUGAAGAUGAAUGAUCCAAGCAGGCUUCACUUGAAGAAGGAACUGACUCAAAUUCGAAAGGCUGCUCGUGUGUUGAGGGAUCCAGGAACAACUUCUUCCUGGAAAUCAACCUCCAGAUCUACUGCCAACCCAUUCAGAAAUCCCAAUUCACUUCCUACUUCCUCCAAACACAAACACAAAGACAACAACAACAACAACAACAACACUGUCUUCUUAUACAACUGGAACAACUACAACAAAUCCUUCAACAAACAACAAGAUCAAGAAGUAGAAGAAGAAGAAGACAACAACCACUCUUCCUCUUCCCUUCUUGCAAGUUUAGAAGACAGUUUGAGUGAUGCAAACAACGCUGAUGAUGCUGGUUUCGAUUCAAAGAGUGAUGUUGGGACCCGCUCCUCCUUUUUCAGAAAUUCAAAUCCAAGAACAACAAUCCCUCCCCCUCUUCAUAACAAAAAGAAGCAAAAGCAAAAGCAAAAGCAAAACAAUAAUAAUAAUAACUUAAACCACCACAACAAAGAUGACUCUGGAGAUGAUUAUUCUAACUCCAUUUCCGGUGCUUCUUCUCUUCUUCGAAAACUCAACCACAACAACAACUUCCUCACAAGAACAAGUCUCAAAGAUGAUUCUUCUUAUUCCUAUAGUACCCCUGCAUUGUCCACCACCUCUUUCAACAGGUACACUCAUCGCCACCGCCGUUAUCCUAGCACUGUUGGAUCCUAUGACGGCACAACAACCUCCGUUAAUGAUGGUGAUGAUGAGGAUAUUGAUGAUGACCGUUUGGAUCUGCCUGGUCGUCAAGGAUGUGGUAUUCCUUGUUAUUGGUCAAAGAGGACUACGCCCAAACAUAGCGGCAGCUGUUGUUCUCCUUCCUUCUCAGAUACUUUAAGGAGGAAAGGGAGCAGCAUUCUCUGUGGUACUCAAUCUAUAUAUUCAAGACACUACCGCAGAUCCUCUUUUUCCGCUUUGCAGCCCCACAAGCGGAGAAUGUCUUCCAGGAAUGCUCGGUGCGCAAGAGGAGGAGGCAUUGUUCCUUUGCUUACUAGCACUAGCAGUGGCGAUGUUAGACAUUGUUCAUCCUCUAUUGGAAUUGGUAGGAGUAGGACUGAUGAUGAUGAACUUUCUACUAACUUUGGUGAGCUUGAUCUUGAGGGACUGAGCAGACUUGAUGGAAGAAGGUGGUCAUCUAGUUGUAGGAGUCAAGAGGGUUUGGAGAUUGUUCCUCUCAAUGAGGAUGAAGAAGGAUCUUCCUCCGAAAACAGUAGGAGUUUCAGCCACAAGUAUAAGCCUUUGUUCUUCGGUGAACUCAUUGGUCAGACUAUUGUGGUUCACUCGCUCGUCAAUGCCGUUUCCAGGGGACGAAUUGCUCCUGUCUAUCUUUUUCAGGGUCCCCGUGGGACUGGCAAAACAUCUACUGCCAGAAUAUUCGCUGCAGCCUUGAACUGCGUGGCUUCUGAUGAAGGUAAGCCUUGUGGAUAUUGCGGGGAAUGUGCUGAUUUCGUUUCUGGCAAGAGCUGUGAUCUUGUCGAAGUCGAUGGAACUAAUAAGAAAGGAAUCGAUAAAGCUAGAUAUCUGCUAAAAAGAUUGGCCGCCGGGUCUUCUUCGGCGGCCUCCUCGCGAUAUACGGUUUUUGUUAUUGAUGAGUGUCACUUGUUAACCUCCAAGACAUGGCUGGGAUUUCUCAAGUUUCUUGAAGCACCACCUCAGAGAGUUGUGUUCAUAUUUAUAACAUCCGAUCUUGACAAUGUGCCGCGAACAAUACAGUCUCGAUGCCAGAAGUACCUUUUCAAUAAAAUUAAAGAUGGGGAUAUCGUGACAAGGUUAAGGAAAAUAUCUACUCAGGAGAAUCUUGAUGUUGAAACAGAUGCACUGGACCUUAUUGCCCUGAAUGCAGAUGGUUCACUUCGAGAUGCAGAGACAAUGUUAGAACAGCUUAGUUUGCUGGGAAAAAGAAUCACUACUUCUCUUGUCAACGAACUUGUGGGAGUUGUUUCAGAUGAAAAAUUAUUGGAACUUUUAGAAUUAGCAAUGUCAUCAGACACUGCAGAGACGGUGAAAAGGUCUAGAGAAUUGAUGGACUCCGGAGUUGAUCCAAUGGUUUUGAUGUCUCAACUAGCUGGCCUUAUUAUGGACAUCAUAGCUGGAUCAUAUGCGGUCGUUGAUACCAAACCCGACGGUUCAUUCUUUGGUGGUCGGAGUUUGAAUGAAACGGAGUUGGAGAGGUUAAAGAAUGCUUUGAAGCUUCUCUCAGAGGCUGAGAAACAGUUAAGGACUUCCAGUGAACGCUCAACAUGGUUUACAGCAACUCUUUUGCAGCUUGGUUCCGUACCUUCUUCAGAUGUUACUCAGUCAAGUAGCAGCAGGAGGCAGAGCUGCAAGACAACUGAAGAUGAUCCAUCAAGUGCUUCAAGAGACAUUACUUCUUUCAAGCACAAGUUAGACCUCCAAUAUAUGCCUCAAAAGUCAACACCCCCUGCUUCCUACCAAAAAUCAGUAAACGGCAGUUCCAGGCUUCAAAUUGAUGGUUUCAGCUUGAAUUCAAAGCCGUCAAAUAGCCCAGUUAUAGAUGAUGGAUCCACAGUGGUCUCAUCCGAUGAUCUUAUUGCUGGGAAUACAAUGUUUAGAUGCAUAGACUCAGGGAAGUUAUGCGACAUAUGGUCAUGUUGUAUUGAGAGGUGCCACUCUAAGACAUUAAGGCAGCUGCUACACGAUCAUGGAAAGCUUGUGUCCAUAUCUGAAGUUCAAGGUGUUCUUGUAGCAUAUGUUGCAUUUGGGGAUGGCGAUAUUAAACUCAGGGUUGAAAGGUUUUUAAGUAGCAUUACAAACUCCUUGGAAAUUGUUCUUAGACGCAUUGUGGAGGUCAGAAUUAUCCUCUUGCCCGAUGGUGAAGGUGAAAAUCAGGUUAAUCCGUCGGGUCUAAAGCAAGCCACGUCAGCGUUGGCAAGCAAGGACGAACAAAGGCGAGUUCAUAUGAAUGGAGCUAUUGCAUAUUCAAGCUUGCCUCAAUCUGCCAUGGGUUCCUCAGAUAUUCCAACUGAAGGAAAUGGCGCGAAGGAAAGAAGACGGGAUAAUCCAGUGCAGAGAAUUGAAUCCAUAAUUCGUGAGCAGAGGUUGGAAACUGCCUGGUUGCAAGCUGUAGAAAAAGGUUCCCCUGGAUCGUUGAGUCGUUUGAGACCCGAGAAGAAUCAAGUCCUGCCUCAGGAUGGUGUCUAUGGCAUAAACCCAACGGAGUCCAUGGAUUCAACAAGAUUUUCCUCUCAUCAGCACAGGGAAGAUGACACAAAUAGCGAUCUUAAAAUUUUGGCCCUUAAAAAUGGAAGGGUCCUACCGAAGGAUCAGAUCGGUAAAAGAGCCGACAGUUAUCCCAUGUCCCCAAGUAUAUUGCAUGACAGCAGUUUAGCAAUAUUGUCUGGAAAAGAUAACCUGGAUUGUGAAUCUGGUUCGGGAGCUGGAGGUUGUGGGUUUUUAUGUUGGAAUAACAAGUCCAAGACUAGAAGGGCAGUGAAGGUAAAAGGCACCCCAGUUGGAGGAGCGCGUAAAGUUGGGCGCUUUUCAUUGUUUGGUGAGUGUGGUAUGCCAAAGAAAAAGGAGAGUAAAAGAUAAGGGGGCAUUGGAUAUUCAUUUUCCUUUUUUUUGGUAGAAAUUUACCCUACUUUUUUCUUUCUUUACUCUAUUGGGGAGAUUCUUGAAGGAUGAGUGUGAAAUGUGAAGGUUAUGUUGUUCAGCAGCUUCUACUUUUGUUCUCCUUUUGCUCCAUCCUUUGUUCAUGAAAUUAAUAAAGAGGAAUAGUGCAACCUGUUUUUACUUUAUUCAUAAUCGUAAUUCUUGCUACUUUAUCCUUCCAAA